GAAGCAUGAGAGUCCAACCUAUAGCUCAAGGUGAUAGAUAUGGUUCCGAAAGUACUUGUCACGGAAGCAAAACUUCGGUCGCUGCCGGCCGGCCGAUCUUUGAACUCACUGCUGAAGGAAACCGGGUUCCUACUCGACUACUCGCCGGGAAAGCUCGUCAAUGUCUGACAUCAAGAAUCUCGGUCCCCGACUGAGUCUAGAUAAGAUCGUCGUCCUAGUAUAUAGUCGUUAUCCGGUUCAGCGAUCAAGUCAGUUCCUCUGGCCGAGCACCCAGCUACGGAAAAUAUGAGCAACGACAACCAGGAGGAUGCGAACGGGGACGAGAAGGAUGAGGACGAGCUUUGUCCACUAUGCCCGGACCAGCAGCAGCCUUCCCCUUCGUCUCUUUCAUUCAAGGACGUACGGCUAGAUCAGGAGGGAAACGAAGCGGUAGUGAUCGAGCCCCGAAAGGACCCUGCAUUGAAAUGGCUUGGCUGUACAAAUUGUGAUGACAAGUGGUAUCAUGCGGCAUGUCUUUCCCGGGAGGUCAGACAGGAGAGUCGAAGUGGCAAGACCGAACGGAAAGAAGAAGCCUCUGAAGAAGGAGAAGGAGAUAAGAAGUCGCCGCCCAGCGAGCUCCAGAACAUCACUAGCACAUUUCCUCGACCGCUUGUAGAGCAGCUCUUGCAGCGUUCGUUCUUUUGGGACUAUACUCAAUAUAUACAGAGCUGGUACUGCCUUCCAUGUAUCUCAGGAACGAGGAAAUCCGGGUCGUCUCACAGCUCCAGAGCGACGCCUAGAGCCAAGCUACGGGAGGAUAUACACUUGCCGGCUGUCCGAGUUGCUCGCAAGCAGCAGGUAUCUGCUGGAACGGACCCUUCCUCUCCCAUGCAGUCAAGAGGAGAGGGUCAGUUGAACGGCUCCGGGAAAUCUCGGCCAAAGAGACAGGCCGCAUUAAUUCAGCCCGAUUACAAGGCAUUGCAUAACGUCAUUCCGACCUCGACCAAUAAGUGGUUGGACCUGAUAGCCGAUCCCGGCAAGACUGGACGGACCAUAAGCGACCGCCCUUAUACUCAGGUCAAUGGCUCAUGCUUGGACAAGGCAUGGCUGGACUCGGACGAGCAGCUCCCUGGUGUUCCCCCUCCCAGUCUUUUCUUUGGACCAGAUCGUGAACCGAUCAUCAUUCCCAAGAGUAAAGGAGGAUUUACCAGUCUCGGCGGACGUGUCCCUGAUUCGAAACUCGGCUUUCAAGACGUUGCUAAUCUGGUCGGCCGAGAUCAGAAGCUGGAUGUCAUCGAUGUGGCCACCCAAAACAGCUCGAAAUGGUCACUGGGCGACUGGGCGGACUAUAUCACGGAGCAUUCGACUCAACAGGCCGAGGCAUCGUCAUCGACAAUGGGACAACGUCCCCGUAACAAGGUCUACAACGUCAUCUCGCUCGAGAUAUCGGGAACCGCUCUGGCCAAGAAGGUGCGGCCACCCAAAUUCGUCUCGGAGAUCGACUGGGUGGACCGGUACUGGCCGGAUGUACCUGGGAAGCGACGAGCGAGGAAGAAUUACCAAAAAGAGGAUGGUACUGCCGACGUAGCAGAACAGGACAAGGAGGAUGCUCAGAUCGAAGCGGAGCCGAUAAUAGAGCAAGGUCGAUCAGACUGGCCAAAAGUACAGCUUUAUUGUCUCAUGGGAAUGCAAGGAAGCUUCACAGAGUGGCAUUUAGAUAUGGGUUCAACAUCGGUAUACUAUACAGUACAUACGGGGUCAAAGACUUUCUUCUUCAUCAGGCCGACGGAUGCCAACCUAGCAGCAUAUAAGAAAUGGUCGAGUUCUGAAGAGUCACAAAACGGUCGUUGGUUAGGAGAUCUGGUCGACGAGGUUCGAAAGGUCACGCUAUUGGCAGGCGACACCAUGAUCAUACCGGCCGGGUACAUACAUGCAGUACAUACACCCCUCGAUUCGCUCGUCUUUGGAGGAAACUUCUUGCAUUCCUACAAUAUUGAAAACCAGAUUCGUUUACGUGACAUGGAAAUUGAGAUGAAAGUACCACAGCGGUACCGCUUUCCGUUCUUCGACCGGCUCUGCUGGUAUGCUGCCAUUCACUUCUGCCAGCAAGUCAGAGACGCGACUUCGCUGAGACGAAAGCCUGAGAACAAGAAUCGAAGCGAGACGAACCCGGUCGUUCUGAACGGUUUCCUUUGUCUCGCUCGCUUCCUGAUUCGGGAAGUCAGGAUCAUGGAGGAUCCGACUGCGGACGAAAAGCAACGUCGAGCGGUGCAUAGUGGUAUCCCGUCCGAGAUGACCCAGGACCCCGCUGCUCUGGCCCGGGAAUUGCGAUGGCGCUGCAGGCGGGCGCUGGGAGAGGAGAGCGAGGAUGAGGCGGAAAAGACCAGGUUGACAGCAGUACCAGAGAAGGCCAGGAUGACGAAGAAACGGAAACUGGAGAAUGGUCACCCUGAGCUGCAGGCUGUGAGCAAGCAGCUUAUAGUUUUCGGGCGGUCGGCAAGGACCAAAAACGCAGCAUCCGAACCUUGGACCGUCGAAACCGCCGACCAGGUCGACUCGCAGUCUUCGAUCGUGAGGGAUCGAAAGGACUUUUCGAAGACUUUUGCAAAGUUGAUGGCCCCCUCCUCGACUGCGAGCGACUUGAUAAAGGGGGAUCGCAGCAGCACUACGACUCGCCAGAUUCGUAGAAGGAUAAGAUUGGGAGGAGAAGGACGAGACGUUGUUGAAGAAGAACAAGAGGUGAUAGUGAGGACAAUGGUGACCCGAUGGACAGGAGCGGCUGCGGCUGAAAUGAUCGAGACGGAAGGAGAUGGUCGGGUCGAGGACAAGGGAGUCACUGAGCAAGGAGCUAUGAUCGCUGCUGAAGAAGUUCUCAUUGAUGGCAACUCGAUCAAGGGCGAUGCACAGCCGGAAGAACCGAUGCAGGUGGAUGCAUAGCGUGCUACCAUGUAAAGAUUUGUAGGAACGAGGGAGCGAUAUGACAUUCCACCUUUCCGCUAAGGUUAGCUAGUGCCUUCCCCUCGGACGCAGAUCUGAAAGCCACAUGGGCUCAGAUCAAAA